AUGGCAGUUCAAGAAGGGUAUGACAUAUAUCAUCCCAUAGAGCUAGAUGACUCCGACGAUAGUUCUAUGAUCGAUCAAUCCAACGUUAGGUUGACUUCUCCAUCUAUUAAGAUCGAACAGGAAGAGGAGAAAACACACAUUGAUCCAGUGCCAUGCUCAGAUUCAAAGCCUUCCUUCGAAGAUCUUGCUCCAAUCUCCACCCUCUCAGCGAUCCAACAGACCGCCGCAGUCCAGGAUUCCAAGACUCGGGAUCCUCUCAAAAAAGAGGGUCCAGCUAUCACUGCUACUCAGCCCUCCCCUAGCUCUGUCGAAUCUUCUAUGGGUCCAGACGAGGAACCCCUCUUCUUUCCUAGCACGACGGCCCCUGCCAACACUGAGCUCACCACAGAAUUUCAUUCUCUUCCUGUUGACGGUUCCGACAUCAAGUCCACGACCAGAAUUCCCGCAGAACGUGACGAUCUAGGUGCAUUCGAGGCCCUCCGGUUGUUCAACGAAGGCAAGAUACGUCUAGCGGAGGAAAACCAACAAAUCAUGGAUUCACAUUCGGACCAUGAUGCAGGACAGACUAACAGAUUUGAAAAGAUCAAAAAAGAAUACUUUCGCAAACGUGAAGAGGGUACUCUUACUGAUAUAGACGACAUUAGAUUCUUGACAGCACAACGAGAUGAAAACCAACGUCUCAGAGAACUCAAAAACAGCCGUGAAGAAAUCCCUGAGAUCGAUGCAGCUCCUCAGCCAGGACUGGAGUCUGGGGGAGCAGAAUUCUACAGGCCCGCAAUUCCAAGCCCACCUAUGCCGCCAUUACACCCGAAAGCCCGGUCGAAGCCUGCUUCCCGUAACUACGUUAAUGCUCAAGAGACUCGUGAUGCCAUCGCCGUUGGCGCUGCUCUUCAGUCCACGAAACGAAAGGCGUCCACUAUCAGCGGAGUCACAAAGGUUCAAAAAGGACAGCCACGGAUAGGUGCGAGACGUGGACAAAAGCCCAACCUAAGCAAUCUCACUAGCCUGGGGCGAUCUGAUAUAAUUCAACAGGCUCAAGCAAAUUCCAGCGCACCUGACAUGCCGCGUUCCAGCGCGAGAGACAAAAGAAAGGCUUUGCAAGAGCUCGUCGCCAGCAUUCCUUCAGCAGACCAACACCAAGCCAAGAGCGAUUCAAGGGCCCUUCUGGAUGCCACUAAGAAAUUUCGUGGUAAGGGCUCAGUGAGACCGGAUGGUCAAGGAGGGUGGCAGUUGAAGAACAUGAAAUCGUCUCUUCAUAACCACCAGUUACUGGGGGCGGCCUUUCUUCGGGAUCGUGAAACCGGCAAGCAGAUGCCCCUUGGAGGUAUGGUCUGUGAUGAGAUGGGAUUUGGAAAGACUGUCCAAAUGAUCGCGAAUAUUCUCGAUGGACAGCCAGAGCCCGGCAGCGCUAACAACACGACGAUCAUUAUUCUUCCUGCAUCGCUAUUAAAGCAGUGGAUGUUAGAGCUUGAACGACAUGUCAAGCCUGGGGCCCUAGGAAGGAUUCUUUGUUACCAUUCGGGGGCACGAAUGGUCAGCAACAAUACUUUGGAAGAUCUACGCGCAUACAACAUCAUCUUGACGACUUACUCCGAGAUACAAAGAAAAUUCUACCGAAAGAAUGUUGGCCCGCUUCACCGGAUCAAGUAUCAUCGUAUUGUGCUGGACGAAGCUCAUCACAUCAAGAACCGACAUUCAAAGACAUCAAUCGCGGUGCGAGCACUCGCGGGAGAAUACAGAUGGAUUAUCUCCGGUACUCCGAUCUUGAAUUACGUUGAAGAGCUAUUCGCCUACUUCUCCUUUCUCCGAGUUCCUCACACAGGUAAUUUUGAGACUUAUUGUCACAACUAUUGCAAGAGAUCGGGCGUAAAAGAGCUCGACAUGUCGCGUCUCCAUAACAUCCUGAGGGCUAUUAUGCUUCGUCGCACUCAUACUGAUACUAUUUUCAAUGCUCCAAUAGUACAGCUACCAGAAAUCACAUAUCGAACUCACUUGGUCGAAUUCAAUCAAGUCGAAAGAACGAUCUAUACCAUCGUGAAGCAACGCUUCAUCCACGAUAUCAACUUGAUGUACCGCGCUGGAGAACUCAACGCUCGCCCUGGCAAUGUCCUAGCACUGCUUGCUCAUUUGAGAAUGCUUUGUUCUCAUGUCUUGCUUUGCCAAGAUGUCUUGAAGCGCUUGCUCAGUGCCGGCAACAUUGAGAGCCUUUGGCGCAUGACCAAGAACGAGAGUGAUGUUGCAAAGCGGAAGGAAGCUGGAGACUUCGUCAAGAGGCUUCGAGGCAUGAUUGCAUCUGGACACAAUACUGUCCCCACACGUAAUUCUACGCAAUCAACACCAGCUACAGCGAACUCUGAGAUUGAUGAAAGAGACGAUGGCCGGCAAUUUGGGAAGGACUUUGAAUUCCGAAGAUUUCUGCAAGACCUCAGCGACAGUGAACACUGGACCGAGCUUCACCUUCGCACUAUCUGUUCAGCAUGCCGCUCGUACCCAGACACCCCAGUCUGCACGUCUUGCUUUCAUAUCUACUGCGAGGAAUGCAUCGCGUUGAUGAAACUUGAAAGUGAGCAAUCAGGCCAAGACAAGAUGUCUUGCAAGGAAUGCGAUACCAUUUUUGACGAGACAUGGCCCACCGAAGGUCUUGCGGAGCUCGGUUUCUUGAACAAAGACAAUCGGAGGAAAGCCGGUCUUUUGAAAGAACGACGCAAAGAGCCUAUCAGAGCAUCGCGGGGCCCAUUCGAGUCGCGAAGGCUUUCAGGCAGAGUGUUCGACGAUGAGGACUUCGAGAGCAAGCCCAAGUCUCAGCACUGGAUCAAGCUCAUGAACAAGGGCAGUGUUUUACCCUCGGCCAAGCUGUUAGCUACGAAGGCAGCUAUUCUGAACUGGCGAGAAAAUUGCCCCCAAGAGAAGAUCAUCAUCUUUUCACAAUGGCUCGGCCUUUGCCACAUCCUGAGUCAAAUGUGUAAGGAAGAGGGGUGGGGCUGUGUGAUGCUCAACGGGACAAUGUCAAUGGAUGGACGCGACAGAUCCAUCACCCAGUUCCGUGACAACCCAAACACUAUCAUCAUGAUUUGCUCGCUCAAGACCGGCGGAGUGGGCCUCAACUUGACCAUGGCAUCGAAAGUCAUCAUCCUCGACCUUUGGUUCAACUCAAGCAUCGAGGCACAGGCCUACUGCCGGGUAUUUCGCAUGGGCCAGAAGAAAGAAGUUGAGGUGCUCCGCUUCGUGGUCAGGGAUAGCAUUGACGACGAUCUUGUCAAGAUGCAAGAACGCAAAAACGCAGAGAUCGACAGCGCAAUUGGCUCCGAAUGCUUGGAAAAACGCGCCACCAUCAACCAGCUAUUGAGUCUCUUCGGCGAAGUGUCCGAAGACGGAAACGAUGAAUUCAUUCUCGUCGAAGACAAUUAUAUGGACGACAACCUUCCAAUGGAGGAUCGCGUGCCUCCACGACCUUUUUGAACUCGGAGGGAGAAAUCCUGAUUUGGAGAAGUGUGAGCAACGAAAAUGGGCAUUACAGGGGAUUGAAUGAAAUUGGUCGAGGGGAUUGAGAGGUGUCGCUGACUCGAUAUAGCGAGGCUUGAAAGAGUGAUUGGGUUUGGAUGAAUGCAUCGGGAGCGCUCCUUGCUUGCUCAUUGAACAGUCCUCAAUUUGGUUUCAGGAGGGCUCUCAAUGCAAAAUCGAGCAUUGGUUCGCCUUAGUACUUGUUUCUUCUCUUUACAAAGCGGCGAGUUUGAUGAUCAUUACUAGCAGG